AUGGCGCAAGUUACCCAAGUAGCCGUUCAGUCUCUUCCCGUUCUUUCAGAACAUCAUAAACACCAAAAUUUGGUACCAAAACAAAAUAUACAAUAUCCGAAAUGGUUUGGCGGAUCAGCAUCAUGUCUGGCUGUCAUUUGCUCACAUCCCCUUGACUUGGUCAAGGUCAGACUACAGGCUACGCCGUUGUCGGAAAGAAAGAACGUCCUGGAGACAAUAGUCCAUAUCCUUCGCAAUGAGGGUGUCUCUGGUCUAUACCGCGGUCUGUCAGCAGGCUUGCUUCGUCAAUUGACUUACGGAUCCACGAGAUUCGCCAUCUACGAGUCCAUCAAGGAACAGUCUUCGAAACAUGGGGGUGGUUCAGCCCCCAUGACCAUCCUUCUCCCAGGUGCCUUUCUAUCCGGCGCAUGCGGUGCCCUCGUCGGAAAUCCGGCCGAUCUUGCCAACGUGCGCAUGCAAAACGACCGGUCCCUUCCGCCGUCUCUUCGACAGAACUACCGCUCGGUAUUUGACGUCCUUGUUCGCGUCGCAAAGACAGAUGGUCUUCAGGGCUACCUCCGCGGUGUCUUUCCCAACGCUAUUCGGGCUGGUGCCAUGACAAGCUGUCAACUUGCCUCCUACGAUGGCAUCAAGCAGUCCCUAGUGGACAACUUCAGCCUCAAGGAUGUCCCAUCGAUGUGA